UCCAGCACUUUUUGUUUCUUCUUCCAAAUUAUUCGACCAUCCCAGCUCCGAUCCUUUUCCCAUCAUUUUUGCAACUCUGAUUCCCGAAGUGGCUCCGAAGUGGUGCUGCGGCUCCUCGUCCCCGGCGGAUCCGGAGAUCGGAGUCUCUGCACCGGGAGGAGGCGGAGUCGGAGCUCCGGCCACACCGCAGGCUCCCAAGGGCGGCCGCGUCAAAAGGAUGGUGCGACUGGCGGCGGAACUGCUGCUGCUCCUGGGACUUCUUCUCCUCACCUUGCACAUCACGGUCCUGCGGAGCAGUCCGCUGCCCCAGGGAAAUGAAACUCUGAGCCUGGAUCAGGACACAGCACUUACAGAGAACAAUAUAAAUGCAAAAAGCAGCUCUGCCCAACUGGCUCCUAAAGACCGGAGGUCGGGUCCAGAGCACCGGUUGGCCCACCGGCCUGCCACCCUCCCCUGGGCACAAGGCAGCAACGUGCACAGGGACGGCCCUUUCCUGCUAGAUCUGCACAACUUCCCCGACCUCUCCAAAGCCGACAUCAAUGGACAGAAUCCCAAUAUUCAGGUGACCAUUGAAGUGGUGGAUGGACUGGAGGGCCAUGAGCCAGAGAAAGGCCUCCGUAAGGAGAGCAAACCCAACUGGGCCUCACCUAACUGGAGAAACUGGUGGCCUCACUCUUCCUCACCUUCCUCCUCCUCCACCACUCAUCAGACAGAGGAGCGCGAUCGCACCCACGGGAGCAACAGUGAGGACAGCAACUUCCUCAGGCCGCCGGCAGACUGGGACAGGAGAGGAGGCACCGGGGGAGGAAGUAAAGCUCAAACUGAAUAUGACUAUAUGGACGGAGAGGGGGACUGGAGUAACUGGACAGCGUGCAGCGUCACCUGUGGAAAUGGCAACCAGAAGAGAACCAGGUCGUGCGGUUACGCCUGUACAGCCACCGAGUCCAGAACUUGUGAUAUGCCCAACUGCCCAGGUAUUGAAGAUGCCUUCAAGACGGCAGCUACUGAAGUGAGCCUGUUAGCUGGAACAGAUGAGUUCAAUGCCACAGAGCUCUUUGGUGUUGACACGGACAGUUGCGAGCGAUGGAUGAACUGCAAGAGCGACUUCUUGAAAAAGUACAUGACCAAGGUGGCAAACGACCUCCCCAGCUGCCCGUGCUCCUACCCGACCGAGGUGGCGUACAGCACGGCAGACGUACACGACGCUCUCACGCGCAGAGACUUCCGCUGGAAGGACGCCAGCGGGCCAAAGGAGAAGCUGGAGAUCUACAAGCCGACCGCCCGUUACUGCAUCCGCUCCAUGCUGACGCUGGAGUCCACCACGCUGGCGGCGCAGCACUGCUGCUACAACGACAACAUGAAGCUCGUCACUCGCGGCAAAGGGGCCGGCACGCCCAACCUCAUCAGCAUCGAGUUCUCAGCCGACCUGCACUACAAGGUGGACAUCCUGCCCUGGAUCAUCUGCAAAGGAGAUUGGAGCCGCUACAACCAGGCCAGGCCGCCAAACAACGGGCAGAAGUGUCCCGACAACCCUCAGGACGAGGACUACUACAAACAGUUUGAAGAAGCAAGGGAAUUCUAGAUGUCUGUCGCGUGAAAGGAAACAAAAAGAAAACACACACUGCUUAAAUAUUCAGCUAAACCUCAAAAAUGAUGCCUGAAUCCAUUUUUUAAAUUCUGUUUUAGAUCAAGUAACAAUAACUUUUUGGCUCUGAGGAACAAGACUUACUGCUCUUUUGAAGCAAGAGGAAUAGAAAUCCUCACAAGGAACUUUUCUUGACUUCACCAAAACAAGGCAAACAACAUUGCUUUAAAAAAAUAAAAAAAAUAAAAGAAAUACAUUUCAUAAAUAAAAAUAUGCCUCUGAAAGAAAUGAUUGAAAAAGUUGCUAGUAAUUGUGUCACCAAUAAUACCUUGCUCAGAUCUAGUCACUAAAUGGAGAACUGAGUUAGUAUUCUUAAAAAGGGAAAUUGUUAUUCCAGGAAUGUUCGUUUAGAUGUCCGUCUCCAUAGGUUGUUUAUGUUUUGGUGAAUCUGAGAGGCCUGUCGUAAUAGAAUAAUGAGAUCCUUCAGGAAAGUGUUGGGACAGCGAACAGGGUUAUCUAAUUUUCCCCUUGUUUUGUCGUUCACAAUAUCCAGGUUCUCAUGUAAGCUUGAGAGUUUAUUUAGCAUGCACAUAUUUUUUUGUACCAUUAAUUUACAGCCGUGUCUCUGUGGCAGAUCUUUAUUGUAAAAAGCCUGCAUUAUUUUUGUAAAGUAUUUAUUAAGUUGGAGCUGUGUGGUUUCUGAUUCACAUGUGGCUGAAUGCUAACUUGAGAUUCCUCUCUAGCUCAAACUUUGGCCUCAAUGUGCGUAUUCGUGUCUCAAGUUAGGAUUAAACCGUAAUCGAGUGUAAAGAAUGUGUGAAUUCAAUUGUACGGAAAGAUUUUUGAGAUAUAAAUCUAUAAAUAAAUGUUCA